CAGUUCUAGUUCUAGUUCUAGUUCUAUUUGUAUGCUUGUAUUUCUCCUGCUUUCGAUCAUUCUGGUCUCUGCUUCAACCGAUGAUGAGAAGAUUGAAAUUAUACCUAUUCCAACUUCAUCAGAGCCAGAGGUAAGAUCUGUUACUGAAAGCAACAAAUAACAUAUGCAAGCCCGAGGACGUAUCCAGAGAUGAGGUUUGGAGUCCAACUGAAGAUUGCAAUAUCUGUACGUUUUAUUGUGCAGGGAUAUGCGCGGGGAUGGGAAGUCAAGUGGUUAGAAAAGCUUGCACACCUCGUAGACAAGCAAAACAGAUUGUUUGUCAAUGUUGUUGUACAAAACCCCCAUUUCCUCCUCCACCUCCACCAACACCACCCUCCCCACCUCCUCCUACGCUUCCAUCGUUUGAGGAUCGGUGUCUUCAACAAGGGGGCAUACACAACGAUACAUCAAUGCCGGACGAAGAUUGCUCCGUUUGUAGAAACUGGUGUAAAGAAAGAUGUUUUGACGGUGAUGUAGUUGAGCAAGAUUGCAAAAUAGAUGAAACAUCUACUUUUUUCAGGCGCUGUGACUGUUGCUGCCGUCGUAACUCAAAACCCCCAUCUCCACCUACUCCCACACCCCCGUCACCACCAUCCCCAUCCCCACCUCCUCCCACUCCAUGGUUUCUCGAAAAGUGUGUUAAACAAGGGGACAAAUGCUAUACCGCUACAAGGCCCACCUCAGAAUGCGCCGCCGACUGUACAUACCGGUGUGAAAAAGAAAAAUGUCCAAAAGAAGACGGUUAUAUGGUUAAUGUAAACUGCGUAAAAAGAAGUGAAUCUAAUAACCUCAGGCACUGCGACUGUUGCUGUCGUAAUAAAUCAAAACCCCCACCUUCACCUAGUAGCCCUACCGUUGGUUGUCCUUCGGAAGCAAUAUGGACGAUACCAGGUGUGAAGCCAUGCAGUUACAGACUAGUAUCGCCGUCAUCAUCAUCAAUAUCAAUGUAGCAUGAACGGAAUGAUCGUUGAUGGCAAGGGAUUCGUUACGGUUGUUAAGACCAAGUUUGGAUUUGCUUUGUUUUAUGUUUUGAUUUGAACUCAUUUGAAUAACUGAAUUGGUUUUGCCAAUUCAAUGUCAAUCAUCUCUCUUCCUCUUCUUCUUUUCUCGGCACAUUUUUUUUGUCUAGAUGCAUAAUCAGCUGUCUUCUUGGUAGUUAGAACUUGAUAUUUGGUGAAUAUCUUCCCCAUUUAAAAUGUGGAGAUAUGAGAGGUAUUUAUAUUAUGAAAUAUUGCAAUGCAUUUACAAUUAUUGUUACAGACUC